AUGUCCCUCAUUCCCGCCGCCCUCCGCGUUGACAGCGUGCGCGAUCUAUUGUCAACCGUCGCGUCUUUGGCGUCAUGGAAGAUGCUGGCUUUGGUGCUGGCUUUCAUCAAUCUCAAAAAUCUCCCAUUUGUCUGGCAUUUCCGCCUGUUGUACUACUUUGUGGCCAACCUGCGCUUGAAACCCAGCGCUCGCCUCCUUCCGAAGGGCAAAGCCAUUGUGGACGCUCAAGGCAACCCCACACAUCCAGUUUUUGUGCCAUGUGGGAUCACAUCGAGGACUCCGCUGUUGGAGACCGACUAUAACAUGCACAAGUCCAAUAGCACCUACUUCACUGACCUGGAUGUCUCGCGUAUGGCACUAGUGAGCCGCUUGUACAGUCCUGGAGUUGGUCUCGUUAGCAAGGAACUUGACCAGGAGUUUCUGGAGGCCAGUCAGAAAGAAGGGAAGCGCGCGCCCAAGAAGAAGCCCAUUACUAUUGUGCUAGGCUCGGUCUAUUGCAGCUUCAAGCGUGAGAUCAAACCAUUCGAGUUGUAUGAAAUGCAUUCCAAGGUGAUCUCCUGGGAUAAGAAGUGGAUGUAUAUUCUCAGCUGCUUCAUGCGUCCUGCCAGCAAACCUGGUGGCGAGAAGACCCUGUUAGCUACUGCGCUCAGCAAGUAUGUUGUCAAAAAGGGCCGUCUGACGGUCUCACCGGAACGGAUACUGCGCCUGGGUGGGUUUCUGCCAAUGCUGCCCCCUGAGAUUGAGCCCAAGAAUGCUCCCGCAGAGUCGUCUGCCGAAGCAUCGGUAAUUGGAACCCCUGCUAGCGGCGAGGGCAUCACUGCCAGUGGCGGUGUGGAUGGCUCUCUGGUGCGCGAAGUCCUCAGGUUGAGCGAAGGUCAAAUUCCGGGACAUGAGGUCCUUGAGAAGCAGAAGCAAGUCAACUCUGACUCUUGGGACUCCAAGGAAUGGAGCUGGGAGCGCAUUGAACAGGAGCGAUUGCGGGGAUUAGCUAUUGUGGAUGGGUAUAUUAACCUGGACGAGAAAUUACAUGGGGAAUGGGCCCAAUAA